UAACAUUAACUGACAUUUAAUACCAAGUUUUAAACAAAACAUAUGUUUUGCAAACGAUGUAUAAGAGAAAAGAUGGUGUAAUUAAUUAGUGAUUAAAAAAUUAAUUAAUUAAAUGACAAUAAAAAUGUCCAAAACAAUGAAAACACCGUUGAAAAGCAUUGUGACAAUUGUAUCAUUGAUAUCAUACCUCAACAUCAAUGGCAUCGCUGGCGGACUCUUCACGAAGAGCCCAACGGUUGAAGUGAAGACUACAUCCGGUUUUGUCAAAGGAAACCGAUUAUCCAUAUUUGAUGAGGAGAUCCAAGAGUUCUGGUCCAUACCAUACGGCGCGGCACCGGUCGGCAAAUUACGAUUCGCCAAACCCAAGCCCUACUCGGCCAAGGGCUUUCUCGGGCGAGGUACAGUGGACUCAACCAAACCAAACAGCACUUGC